AUGAAGUUGGACAAUUUUUUGGUUGGUGGUACAAUUCCAGAUUAUAUUCUUCAGCUCCCUAAUGAAGUUAUGAGCAGCCCAAUGGGUGCUCUCAUGUUUCCAAUGAUACAGAAUUUAGAGACAACAUUAAAGGCAGGUGGAGUUCCACAAAUGCCACAGUUUAGGCCUUCAACAGUGACUUCUGCAUCAAAUUUUGCCUCAGUCAACACCCAAAAAAGUUCAACUGGACUUAAAUCAUCCACAGAGAAUAAGUUAAGACAACUUGAGUCAAUAUUAUCAAUUCACAAAUUGUCAAGACUUGGGAAUCACAUUGAUGCUUUAAGGGAGGUUGCUAAACUUCCAUUUUUGCCUCUAGAUCCUCGAGAACCUGAUACUUCUGUUGAGGUGUUUGAAAAUUUAUCUCCUCAUGUCCAAGCUUGUAUACCAGACCUCUUGAAGGUUGCUCUGACUUGUCUGGACAAUGUGGCAGACUCUGAUGGAUCGCUUCGCUUGGCAGCAGAUCAAAUAUAUGCAGUAGAGUUAAUUGGAGGUGCUACCAGAGUGCCAAAGUUACAGGCUAAGCUUCAAGAGUUCCUUGGUAGAAAAGAACUUGAUAGGCAUCUUGAUACUGAUGAAGCAAUAGUUAUUGCUGCUGCUACGGUGGCUGCUGCAACUGCAGGGUGGACAGCUCAUGGACUGCAUCCGUUGUGCACUCUACUCCCUACAAUUUACUUUUACCUAUCCUCCUGCUUCAGCAACUAUCCAGAAGACUCCGAAACUUUUCAAGCUCAGCAUUUAGCUUAUAAGUCACCAGUUGUUUCUUCAUAUGAAUCAGAGGAGAGUGGAGAUGCUAAGUUAAAUACUUCGUCAAAGGUCACUAUUAAUCUUGAUAUAAACCGGCCCAUUUCUGAGAACCUUAAUUUGAACCAAACGGAGGAUAGGAAACUGGUAGACCUGUCUUCUUGUGGUUCCAACACAACUUCUGGCAGUGAAGAGACUGAUGCGCUAGAGAAGAAAAAAAAUAGAAGUCGUGAGAUAACCUCCUUGUAG